AUGUUUGUGGGAGAACCAGCUGUCAUGGAUCCACAGACAGCCGUUAAGCUGCUGGAUCACCUGAAUAUUUGCAGCCCAAUCCUGUUAUUUUCUUUCUUAGUCGCUGCCUCUUUUGCCAGUAAUUAUUGCUCCGAGAGAAAACUCAAGAAGCGUGACCAGCGCUGCGUGGGUUCUGAUGCCCGCACAUCUCAGCAGAAAAUCUCGCAGAUUGUGAAGCGUCUUUUCAGCUGGCUCUCCAUUGUAAUGGUCGUGGUAUACCUUACAGAGGCGGUUUUUUAUGUGUCGACUACCGCUAUAUCGCCUAACGUUAUCACGACUACCACCGCAAAGCCCAGAAGGUGGUGGUAUGAACAGUCGUUGAUGAUCCACAUAAUCGGCUCUUUUCUCUUCUAUACGACUGCACUGGUGGCUUUGCUCAAGAAUGACACAUCGCCAACUAUAGCUCUAUUCAUUUCCUGGUCAGCUGCCAUCCCGAUUGAAAUCGCUAUAUCCAAAGCAUCCUCGUCAAUCCUUAGCUCAGUUAACCAAGAUUCGACUAUCGAAACACCGGAGAGCUGCCAGUUCUGGAGAAGCAUCGUAUCUAGGAAAAGCAUCGAGUUGACUUUCAAUGGUGUUCGCAUAGCUACUUUCUUAGCUCUGGUUGCCCUCUAUGCUAGCAAGUGUACUUCAAAACCCCGUGACUCAACGGUCGCUCAACUGGUGAAUGGUGUCCCUGUGGGUACUGGACCUCUGCAUUUGCCUCAUGCGGAGAGUGGAAAUAGCGCCAAAAUAACCGACGGGGAUCUUGGAGUCGGCUUCUCAGCGCUUCAAGGUGCAUCAGGACGUCUCGGCGGGGCAUCUUCAGACAGCUGGUGGAGGUACCUUACGGGCUACAAAAUCUUUUUUCCCUACAUGUGGCCAUCAAAAUCCCGCCGUCUGCAGGUUAUUCUUUUGGUUUGUCUAUGUCUUACCAUUUUUCAGCUAGCCGUCAAUGCUCUAGUGCCCUUUCAAACGGGAGUCAUUGCGAGAAAGUUUUUCACCUCGUCCGACAUCAGCUGGUUCGAAAUCUUCAUUUACGUCGGCUGCAUGUGGCUACAGGGGGGAGACGGCUUGCUCUGCUCCCUGCGCUCCAUUGCCUGGGACUCUGUAAGCCAGAAUUUAUCCAUGGAACUUUCCGUCGCUGCCUUCAAACAUGUGCACAGUCUUAGCUUGGACUUUCACCUGGGCAAGCGAAAUGGUGAAAUUUUAUCCUCCUUGAGCAAUGGCAAAUCGAUUACCAUAUUUCUGGCUCUAGUGACUUUUCAAGUCGUUCCUGCGAUUUUUGAUUUCGGUAUUGCCGUUGCAUGUCUCUGGAUAUACCAUGACGCAUACUCUGCUCUAGCUUUGAGUAUUUUGGUAUUCGGCUAUCUUUAUAUGACUGCACAUCUGGUACAGAGGGGAUCAGGUAUUCGACGACGGUUGGUGAGUGCUUCUUCAGAAGAGAACGCCGUCAAAAAUGAUUCGCUGAUGUCAUACGAGACAGUCAAGUACUUCACUGCAGAGGACUAUGAGAUCGACCGCUACCGCAGUAGCGUGGAAGAAGUCCAAAAUGCCGAGUACCAAUUCAGUCUCUUCCUGGAGUUAUUGAAGAUCUCCCAGAAUACGCUAUUCAUGAUCUGUAUUCUGAUAAUGUGCUUAAUUGCUGCAUAUAAGAAGUCCAUCGGCCACCAUUAUGCGGGGGAGUUUACAUACAUGACGGCAUAUAUGUCCCAGCUACGUAGCUCAUUGAAGUUUUUGGCGGGUAGCUCUCAGCCCAUUCAGUCAACUCUGAUCAAUUCAGAGAGAAUGUUGGAGCUUUUCCAAAAGCAGCCCGCAGUGGUGGAUAGCCCUCACGCUACUCCGCUGACUUCGUAUGAAGGCAAAAUCAGCUUCGAGAAUGUGACAUUCUCUUACGACGAGAGGAAACCCGCAUUGAAUGGACUUACCUUCAAUUGUCAAGCUGGAACCACGACCGCCUUGGUUGGCGAGUCUGGAGGGGGGAAAUCAACCGUGUUCCGGCUUUUGUUCCGAUUCUAUAAUCCCGACCAAGGCUGCCUUCGCGUUGAUGGCCACGACGUACGGAGUGUUACUAUCGAUUCUCUUCGAAGAAAUAUUGGUGUGGUACCCCAGGACACUGUGCUUUUCAACGAGACUUUAAUGUAUAACCUGAAAUACGCCAACCAGGAUGCCACCGAGGAGCAAAUCCAUGACGCGUGUCGUGCCGCCAGUAUCCACGAUAAAAUCAUGGAUUUCCCCGAUGGCUACAAUACUAAGGUUGGUGAGCGUGGGCUACGCCUCAGCGGUGGUGAGAAGCAGCGUGUGGCAAUUGCUCGCACCAUUCUUAAAAACCCCAAGGUCAUUCUAUUGGAUGAAGCUACGGCCUCACUUGACACAGACACCGAGGAACAUAUCCAAAGGUCCCUCGCAACUCUCUCUCAUGGUCGCACUUUGCUCGUUAUUGCUCAUCAACUUAGCACGAUUACAGAAGCAGAUUGCAUCCUGGUCUUGCACGAAGGUCAAGUGGUCGAAAGCGGCACUCACAAGGAACUUCUCGAUAUGAAGGGCCGAUAUGCGGGCAUGUGGAAGAAACAAACCAGGCAGGAAGCCUAA